GCGCCUCUGUGCGUUUUUAUUCGGUGAAGAGUGUGAAGUGCAUUGUGCGCGUAUCGGUAAAUUGAAAUUUAAAAAAAGUUACGAGGACUUCCUCGUCGCUGCUGUGUUCCGCUGCACUCGUGCACUACAUCGCUCUCUGAUUCGACGGCCAAUCGCGGCGUUGUAAAGGAAUGCAAAGCGAGUUGGUGUUAAGUAACACGAAUUAAAAACGGAUUUAGUAUUGUUGGUUGAUGUGAGCGCGCCGGACGUUCAACACUUGUGGAGUGCGUGUUGGUGCUUAUUUCAUAUUUUCGGUCGUUUGUCGCUUUUGAUACGCGUGGUAAUCUACUGCGUGUCGGUGAUUACAGCAAUUGUAAAAGCAGAAAAGUCAAUUCUGCUGUUUACGAUUGGCGCCUUGUAAUACUCGUACCAUGCGAACGCGAAAUUUGUGCAAAAGCUCUAAGAUAACAGACGAACGUUAACAACGCGUUUUAUUGCUUUGAUUCGGUGAUUCAUGCUGAUGCAGUUAUAGGCGAAUUGCUUAUUGUUGUAACAGAAAACAAAAGUCACCACCGUUGCCGUGUCCGCGGUCAUUCAACAACGCUCCAUAAACAGUACAAGCGCAAAAUCUGUUAUUGUUAUAUCGAAUUGUGAAGUGUAUGCAUAAAUGCUGAGUAAACCAUUUAGACCAAAAUUGGAUCAAUGCUAGUGUAAAGUUAAUUUAUAAGUUUAUCAAACAUUUUUGUGCGUGCGUCGAUAAAAUGUGUGACGGUGAUCCUUACAAUGCGUUUUACAAGGAAUACGAUGAUCAGUACGAGGUGGAAAUGCGCAAAAAGCGCCAAAGCUGGGAGCAGUAUUGGGCAUGUGAGCAAUCGAUAGCGAGCGCUCGUGCGAGCGUGAUGGUCUACGAUGACAUCAAUAAGAAAUGGGUGCCGUCUGGCAGCUCCUCUGGUUUGUCCAAGGUGCACAUCUACCAGCAUACUGUUCAGCAGACGUUUCGCGUUGUCGGUCGCAAGCUGCAGGACCAUGAAGUGGUCAUCAACUGCGCAAUUCUUAAGGGGCUCAAAUAUAAUCAGGCAACGGCGACGUUUCAUCAAUGGCGCGACAACAAACAGGUGUACGGCCUGAAUUUUAGCUCGAAGGAGGAUGCCGAUCUUUUCGCGCGCGCCAUGUUUCACUCCUUGGAGGUUCUCAGUAACAUCGUGCGACAGCCACAGCAACAGUAUUCGCCGGCACAGCCACCCACACAGCAGCAGUACGACGAGGACAUGGGCUAUCGUACAAUGACGCGCGAGGAUGUCGCCAUGAUUCAAGAACGGCGGAUAUCUACUGCGCUCAUGUCGCCGCAACAGACGUCGCCCAUGAACAAUGUGCCUCAAGCGCCAGCACUACCUAAUAAUGUAGUUCAACCUAGUCCAAUAUCGCCACCUUCCAAUCCAGGUCAUCAACGUACGACAAGUGCACCGCCAGCACCACCGCCAAUGAGUGGUCCACCACCGCCAAUGUGUGGACCGCCACCACCUCCGAUGGGUCCUCCGAUGGCACCGCCAGUGCCUCCCAUGGGCCCACCGAUGCCAGCCAUGAACGGUAUUGGUGGUCCACCUCCCAUGGGUCCUCCAAUGCCGAUGAUGAAUAUUGGCGGCCCUCCGCCUCCGCCACCACCUCCAAUGAACAUGACACGUUCAGCAAGUAGUGAUCAGGUCGAGAAUUCGCUUGCGGCUCAACUGCAAAACGCGCGCUUAAAGAAGAGUCAAAAGAAUAACGCGCAACCGCCACCGGCUGAAAACAGUGGAUCGUCCACAAGCAGCGGUGGCAGCAGUAACUACGGUACGAUAGGCCGUGGUGGCGGUGGUAGUAUGGCUUCCAUGAUGGAUGAGAUGGCAAAGACUUUAGCGCGACGGCGGGCAGCUGUUGAGAAAAAGCCAGUGCCAGAUGAUGACGACAAGAAGGCAACGUGGGAGAAGACCAAUACGCUGCCGGCUAACAGCGGUAAACACGCGCACAACGGCGAUUCGCCGAAGAGUGUGCGUAAGCGAUUCGGGUCUGCGUCCGAGGAAACCAUCCUCAAGGUGAACGGACUCACCGAUGGACUAUCGCUCGCACCUACGGAUCUUGAAGCACUCAAGAUCGAACUAAUCAAGGAGAUUCAAAAAGAAAUUACAAAAAUGAAGCAUGAAAUAUUAGACGCAAUCAAAUCAGAACUGAACCGAAGAUAAUUUAGCAUAAACGAUGUUGCGAACAAACACAUCAGCGUUAACGUUAACCCUAAUAAGAGCAAAUAACUGCAAAUUACUGCAAGAACAAUUUUAUAAUUUUACAUUCUUAAGUAUAAACUAGGAGGAAGGAACGAGCGACACGCGCGCGUCGGUAUAUAACAGCGGCGUUCACCAUUGAUGAUAAACAACGUUCGUAAGAAAACAUAACACUACAAAUUAAGUACCGAUAUGUAUUUAUUAGUCAACGAGCAGUAAGGAGUAGGAGAUGAGCAUGAAGUCUGUUGGUCAGAACAGAUUGAACUACAACUUCGCAAAAGUAAGUAUUGUAUAAAGUACAUGGAUGAACACGAGGAGCUAGCGUAUUGAUAAAACGAUAAACGAUAAUGUGGAUGUUUCCUAAGGCUGUUUUCCGUAUUUACAAUUUAUUUAUAUGGUACGAUUAGCGAUAAAGAUGAGAAUACAACCACCGGUAGGGAAAAAUUCUACAGCUACUUAUUAACGAUAAAAAGUAACUAACAUAAUUCUUGCUACCGUAAACUGCAAAAAAGGAGAAACCCACCAAUAUUACAAACAUAGAGCGCUAUACACAUGCAAUAUACAAAACAUUCUACUAAUAAUCAAACGAAAACAAUCGGUUGUGUCUAUUAAGUAAUGAAUUGUAGAUUGAAAAUGUAAAAUUACACAUGAUAGGACGAUAGGAAACGAAUAUUACAGAAAAUGUAUAGAACAUAGGCAAUGAGCAAGUAUCCCAUUUCAAGCGGGUUUCCUGCUCGUUUUAAGACAAUUUUAAUCGAUGCGAAUGCAGAUGGCAUGGUACGUGGAGCGGAAGUUAACCGGCUGAUAAAUAACUGAAUAUAUUACAUGUCUUUUACAUUUUUGUAACAAUACGGGUCUGUCAUUGUUCAUCGUCGCUGUUUUUUCGUUUAGUUAUAUUCAACACGUCUAAAACCGGCUGCGGGUCAUCGUUAUUUGAUGGCCAGUGUCAGUAUUUCAAGUUCACACACUUGCAUGAUUGUAUUUGCAAGAACAAAUAGUUUUACGCCACAGCCAUUGGUUGUUGAGUGUAUAAUCAGGAUUGUUGACACAUUGGUUGGAAACAAUUGCAAUGGUUUUGUCUGUUUUAUCUGAUGUUGUAAAUUUCGAUCACUGUUAUGAGUUUUACUUGUUGGUAUAGCAAAGCAGACGAAAUUCAUUGACUAGAUCAAUUGAAGACCGACUGGCUUUGUUUGACAAACAUCCUACAGACUUUAUUCAGCCAGUGGAUCGUCAAGAGGGGACAUAAUGAACAAACCCCAUGUUUGCAAACGAUUUGUGUUUGUUAAACAAAUUAUGUGUUAAUAAUGUUGGAUGUUUCAUAAGUUAAACAUCAAAUAGUCAUCUGAUGCACAACGAUGAACGUGAACUUGACGUUAUAUGUUGUAUGGCUUGUAUAGAUUAACAUGAUUUGGACCAGUGAAGCAUCCAACAUGUAAUCAUUCACAUGACAAACAUAUUUCCGAUAUUUUCAUUACAGACAUUUCGAUCAGUUUCAAGUCGAUUCGUUCUCUACUAAUUUUUUACGCAGAGCGCAUUAUUUUUGUAUAUAUAUUAUAUAUUAGUUCAUAAGGACUUCCAGUAUUUAUUAAACAUAAAUUAUACACGUUCAUACAUUCGACACAGAUAAAAUUGGAAAUGUGCCAUUCAUCAUUCAUUCACAUACACACAUCAGUCACGGAAAAUUGAUUCGAACAAAAGCGCCGAUAAAAAAUGUUAAUCGUGUAACGUGCUUUCAAACAAAUAUUCAACGGAACUGUGUAUAUUCGUACCUAGCGAAAGGCAUAUUUAAUUAAAUAUAAAGAAAAACUACUGCAUACUCAUGUAAACACUAAACAUUAACAAAAAUCAUAACUUACAUUACAUACAUCGAAAAAACGAUUCCAUUGUGUCCUAUUAUACAUACAUAAAAAUGUUUUAUUCCAAAUCAUUUUGAAUCUUGUAUGUAAUUUGUAUAAUUUCGUAAUCAGCGAAAGAAAGAAACAUUAUUAAAUUUUACUUAUAGUAUACAAGAUGAAAAUUAUACAUAAUCAUAAAAAAAAGGAAAUUCAAGAUUGUAAGCAAAAUGGUAAUAUUUGUUUAUUACACUUAUAAUAUGUAUUAAUUUCCUAAAUAAUGUUUACAUAUUUGGGAGAAACAGGCGUUAACAAAGCGAACUUGAUUAACGACGAUGAUGAUUUCUUUUUGUGAUAUUUUGCUUUCUCUAUUAAAUUAAAUUUUUGUCUCAAUGUUUGUUACGUUCUUUUAGCGUGCACUGCAAACGAGUAUAUUUAUAAAUUAUACAAGAACAAAAAAGAUUUCUAUAAAUGUAACGAUAUUGAUUAAUAUACGAAGUACAUAACUAUGAAAAUUUACAGAUUGUGAUCUCACGAACAAAUGCAAUAGCACAAUUUUCAUGCGUUUUUGGAAAAAGUUUCGUUUGUAUUUUCAAUUGUAAGUGAGCCGAGAAGAGGGAAAUUAUGUUAAAGGAGUAAAACCAAAAAGUAAAUGUAUGAUGAUAUUAUUGUGCGGUGCGAUACGCAAAAUAUGAAGCCAUGGAAGCCGAAGAAACGUGAAACCAAGAUGUUUUUUUUUAUGUUAUAUGUACCGCCGGUUUUUUGUACAUUUUUCGAUUUUACUACAAACAAAAUGUAUUUGAAAUAAAUAAUAUAAAUAUGAAAUAAAA